UUGUUGUACAAUGAAGUGGACGACCAGGGCUGCCCAGCCAUCCCCCUGGUGGACGAGAACAUGAUCAUCGACCUGUUCGAGUGCCAGGAGAACUGCCGCGGGGAAUGCAAGCAAGCGGGAGUGUCACCGGUCGUCGCCGAGUUCAAAUGUGCCAGCGGUUACGAGGCCUAUUGGGAGAUAAAUGACACUGUGACCUAUCACUGGAGGCUGCGUGUGACCUGCAACAAUGAGAAGCACACUUGGUCGUCGGCGGGCGGUCAGCCGUCAACUACGUUAGAGUUGCCAAAUUGCAUCUACAGCGGAGCGAGAAUCGCAACGUCCAGCCUUAUGAUGUUGAUUUUUACCUUACUGUUAACCUCAAGGUUCUAAGAGCAUCAUCCCACGGCUGAUCAUGGUUAACCAUAAUGGGUUUAGUUAAUCAUGGGAUUAUUGGUGAGCCAUGCUACUUCUGGAUAAUCAGAGCAGCAAUGCUUAAUCAUGAUGAAUUUCGAUAUAUAUUUCUGCGCUGGACAUUCCCGGAAUCUACUGUUAAAGGGACGGAAUGGUAUCGCAUAUCACCCGUUUCUCCCAAGACUCUUAGGUGGCUCGAAGCGUCGCAGUCAUGAAUGUGUGAGAGUGUGCCCGCCUGCCAACGGAAACCCACAUCGCUG